CAGCCGGCGCGGCGCAGGGCUCGGCGGCAGGAUCCGGCAGCAGUGUUAGCUCCGCGCUCCCUGCCGGGGGCGAUAGAAGGACGAGGCGCGGAGCCCCGACUGUCCAGGGCGCGAAUUCAGUCUUGUCACAUCAUCCGCCCCCUUGGUUUUGGAAGUCUCAGGAAGAGUUUGGUCUGGAGGAGGAGGACAUUGAUGUGCUCGGUGUGUGGCCAGUGGUAAAGAGAUGGCCGUUCCUGUCCCAUGGGCCUGCUGUGCUGUGCUUGCUGCCACUACUGCUAUUGUCUACGCCCAGAGACACAGUCCUCAGGAGGCACCCCAUGUGCAGUAUGAGCGCCUGGGCUCAGAUGUGACUCUGCCUUGUGGGACAGCCAACUGGGAUGCAGCUGUGACGUGGCAGGUAAACGGGACAGACCUGGCCCCUGACCUACUCAAUGGCUCUCAGCUCGUGCUCCGUGGCCUGGAACUGGGCCACAGCGGCCUCUACGCCUGUUUCCACCAUGACUCCUGGCACCCGCGCCACCAAGUUCUCCUACAUGUGGGCUUGCCGCCACGGGAGCCUGUGCUCAGCUGCCGCUCUAACACUUACCCCAAGGGUUUCUACUGCAGCUGGCAUCUGCCUGCCCCCACCUACAUCCCCAACACCUUCAAUGUGACUGUGAUGCACGGAUCCAAAAUUAUGGUCUGUGAGAAGGACCCAGCCCUCAAGAACCGCUGUCACAUCCGCUACAUGCACCUGUUCUCCACCAUCAAGUACAAGGUCUCGAUAAGUGUCAGCAAUGCCCUGGGCCACAACGCCACAGCUAUCACCUUCGACGAGUUCACCAUUGUGAAGCCUGAUCCUCCAGAAAACGUGGUAGCCCGGCCGGUGCCCAGCAACCCUCGCCGGCUAGAGGUGACAUGGCAGACCCCCUCCACCUGGCCCGACCCUGAAUCCUUUCCUCUCAAGUUCUUUCUGCGCUACCGACCCCUCAUUCUGGACCAGUGGCAGCAUGUGGAGCUGUCUGAUGGCACAGCACACACCAUCACAGAUGCCUAUGCUGGGAAGGAGUACAUCAUCCAGGUGGCGGCCAAGGACAAUGAGAUUGGGACGUGGAGUGACUGGAGCGUGGCUGCCCAUGCCACACCCUGGACUGAGGAGCCACGACACCUCACCACGGAGGCCCAAGCUCCGGAGACCACGACCAGCACCACCAGCUCACUGGCACCCCCGCCCACCACGAAGAUCUGUGACCCCGGGGAGCUGGGCAGCGGCGGAGGACCCUCAGCACCCUUCUUGAUCAGUGUCCCUGUCACUCUGGCCCUGGCUGCCGCUGCUGCCACUGCCAGCAGUCUCCUGAUCUGAGCCCGGCAUCCCACGAGGACAUGCCAGCGCACCUGCAGAGGAGCAGGAGGCCGGAGCUGAGCCCGCAGACCCCGGUUUCUAUUUUGCACACGGGCAGGAGGACCUUCUGCAUUCUUUUCAGACACAAUUUGUAGAGACCCCGGCAGGCCCGGGCCUGCCGCCCCCUAGCCCCACCACACCACACCGGUCCUCCACCCUCCCUUAGGGGAGGAGGACCACGCAGCUAACCCACCCACCAAAGAUCACCUCACCCCGACCCUGCCCCCUCGGGCUGGACCCUCCAACGCCAGCGACUCCCAGGAGCCCUCGGGGGGCCUGAGGGGAUCCUCUGACAUCUACAACUUCUCCUUCUGCCCCAGCCUCCUGUCUCUCCCAGGGUCUCUGUUGCCACCAUCAGAUUAUAAGCUCCUGACACUGGGGGGGCCCAGCCAUCCCCCUCCCCCCAGCGCCCAUACUUUUCAGUCCCUCACCUCUUUUCCUGUUUUGUACAACCUUUUCCUUUCCCUGCUCCAACCCCACAGUAUUUAAUGCCCUGUCAGUCCCUUCUAGUCUGACUCAAUGGUAACUUGCUGUAUUUGAAUUUUUUAUAGAUGUAUAUACAGGGGUGGGGAGUGGGGGGUUCUCAUUAAACGUCACCAUUUCAUGA